AGAAGGAGAAGGAGAAGAGUUUAACCUGUGGUUGGCGCGCUGCUGUUUGUUGUUGUUUGUUGUUGUUUAGUCGUGCACUCGGCUGACAGCUGCCGGAGUCAUGAGCGAGUACAGGAUCCAUCACGAUGUGGACCAGCUGCUCAGCCUGCUUCAUGUCCGAGGAGGUGAUGGAGCAGAGGGCUACAUAGACUUACUGCAGAAACACAGGACUCCCUAUGUCACCACCACGGUCUCCUCUCACAGCGCCAAGGUCAAAUUAGCAGAGUUCUCUAAAACCCCCGAGGACUUCUUGAGGAAGUAUGAGGAGCUCAAGUCCAAAAACGUCCGUAUUCUCGACCCUUUGGUUUAUCUGCUCUCCAAAUUCUGCGAGGAUAAAGAGAUGCUCCAGUCGCUGCAGAAGAAUGCCAAAGAGAGGGCGGAGUCAUCAGCAAACACGACGUCAACCACCACCACCAGUUACUCUCUGCCUCAGACCAGCACCAAGAUGUCCAUGCAGGAGCUGGAUGAGCUGCGAAAGAAGCUCGGCAACGUGACGGCCAGCUCCACCGCUCCUCUGCCUGCGGAGGUCACACGGAAGAUGCUGAGGGACAAACACAACAAGAAGAACCCCACCCAGCCCAACCCAGUGUUUCCUAACUGGGUGUACGACCGUCCUGCUCUGCUCGGAGACUUCAUCAUCAGCGACGCACCAGCAGGAGAUCCUCCGGUGCCCAUCGGUACCAUGCCCAUGGCCACUCAGGAACUAGCUCUGGUGGAGGAUCUGCUGUUUGUCCUGAUUGGAGUUGAUGGGCAGUACAUUACAGCUCAGCCUGUGCUGGGGAGGCAGAACCGCUCCUUCAUUGUUGACUCGACACUGGACAUGUCCAUCAAAGAGCUGGUUAACAGAAUAUUACCAGUCGCGUCGUAUUACUCCACAAUAACCCGGUUCAUCGAGGAGAAGUCGUCCUUUGAGUACGGCCAGGUGAACCACGCCCUGACAGCGGCGAUGAGGACCCUGAUGAAGGAGUAUCUGAUUCUGGUCACUCAGCUGGAGCAUCUCCAGCGGCAGGGCCUGCUGUCCCUGCAGAAGCUCUGGUUCUACAUCCAGCCCACCAUGAGAACCAUGGAGAUUCUGGCCUGUAUCGCGUCCUCAGUGGAUAAAGGAGAGUGUAUGGGCGGCUUGACACUGAGCCUCCUCCACGACCGAACCUUCAACUUCACUGGAGACAGCCAGGCUCAGGAGCUGUGUCUCUACCUCACUAAAGCAGCCAGCGUUCCUUACUUUGAGAUACUGGAGAAGUGGAUCUACAGAGGCAUCAUCAAGGACCCAUACAGUGAGUUCAUGGUGGAAGAACAUGAGCUGCAGAAAGAGAAGAUUCAGGAGGACUACAACGACAAGUACUGGGAUCAGAGAUACACCAUCGUCCAGCAUCGCAUUCCCUCAUUUCUACAGAAAAUGGCCGACAAAAUAUUAAGCACAGGAAAGUAUCUGAACGUGGUGCGUGAGUGCGGCCGCGACGUGACGUGUCCUGAUGCAAAGGAGGUGCUGUACACUCUGAAGGAGAGGGCGUAUGUGGAGCAGAUCGAGAAAGCUUACAACUACGCCAGCAAAGUCCUGCUGGACUUCCUCAUGGAAGAGAAGGAGCUGGUUUCACGACUCAGGUCCAUCAAGCACUACUUCUUGAUGGACAAAGGCGACUUCUUCGUGCACUUCAUGGACCUGACGGAGGAGGAGCUGAAGAAGCCUGUGGACGACAUCGUCCCCCCGCGACUCGAGGCCCUGCUGGAGCUCGCUCUGAGGAUGAGCACGGCCAACACGGACCCCUUCAAAGACGACCUGAAGAUUGACUUAAUGCCUCAUGAUGUUAUCACGCAGCUGCUGCGGGUGUUGGCCAUCGAGACCAAACAAGAAAGGUCGAUCAUCAAUGCCGACUCAACGGAGACGGGCCUGAGCGGCCUGGAGGCCUUCUCCUUCGACUAUAUUGUCAAGUGGCCACUGUCCCUCAUCAUCAACAGGAAAGCUCUGACGAGGUAUCAGAUGUUGUUCAGACACAUCUUUUAUUGUAAACAUGUGGAGAGGCUGCUGUGCAAUGUCUGGAUUAGCAACAAGGAUUUCAGGAAGUACACGUUGCAUUCAGCCAAAUGGUUUUCUACUGCAUUUGCUCUUCGCCAGCGGAUGUUAAACUUUGUGCAGAACAUUCAGUACUACAUGAUGUUUGAAGUGAUGGAGCCCACCUGGCACAUCAUGGAGACUAACUUGAAAACUGCGUCAAACAUCGAUGACGUGCUCUGCCAUCACACCAGCUUCCUGGACAACUGCCUGAAGGACUGCAUGCUGACCAACCCCGAGCUGCUGCGCAUCUUCUCCAAACUCAUGUCUGUCUGCGUCAUGUUCACAAACUGCAUGCAGCGGUUCACUCAGUUAGAACGUCUCUCUAUGGAGAGGGAGAGCAGGGACAGGCCUCCGACUCAGAGCCCCCCCGCUGAGGAGGCUGAGAAAAAACGAGUGACCAUAAAGCUUUUAGCCGAGCACGUCGACGCCCUCCAGGCCGACACAGGCUUCGAAGCGAAGAUCAGAGAGUUUGAUUCUAACUUCAGCACGUUGCUGCUCGACCUGCUGGACAAGCUGAGCAUCUACAGCACCAACGACUGUGAACACAGCAUGAUCAGCAUCAUCUACAGGCUGGAUUUCAAUGGAUUCUACACGGAGCGUCUGGAGAAGAUGGCCAUCGAACGCAGUCAGAAAGCUGCAGUGUAGCAUGUUCCGCUCACGUGUUCCGAGCGUCACUCAGCGAGACAGAUGUCCUGUCCUCACGUCUUCCAUCUGCUGCAGCUACCGCCCAGAUGUUUACUGUUCCAUGAAACAUGAUUAAGAGUUCUAUGUCCUCAUGUUUGCAGCAUCGUAUCAAAGCUUGUUCGCCAGCCCGUUGUACCUGUACAGUUGUGUGUGUUUGUUUUUGCACAUUAAAACAAGAGUUUACUGAAUGAA